UACUACGGCAGGGAGACAUUCCAUAAAAUCAUUUUCGUCCCAGUAAUAUUCAACAAACAAUUUUUUUUUAUUUUUAGGUAGCGUACAAAAUUUUCAAGUGCAACAAAAAGCGAAAAAAAAGUCUUUUCGUCCUAAUUGUCGCGAUAUAUAUAUAUAUACACACAUUAACAAUCAUAUCCAAAUACCCACGCACGCAUCUAAAUACUGCAUACAUACAUAGAUAAAUACAUACAUACAAUUCACUACAUUCCAAUUUGGUAAAUCGAAAUUUCUGCGUCGUUGAUCGCAUCAAGUGGCAGAGUGGGCCAAUCGAUUGCGUAAGAGAAGGAAGAGAGAGGGAGAGAGAAGAUGUCGUAUCAAAUCAAGCGCACGCCCUACUUCCGUCGCAUGUUCAACAACAGCCGUCGCAACGGGCAACUGCAGCGGCUGCGGGAGGAGUAUGAGCGCAUCCAGGAGUUCAACGAUCGCACCAUCGAGCUGAAAAUGCGCCAGGUGCGGCUGAAGCGUCUGUUUCGUGAAAUCGACGACAUCAAUGAGUCGCCGAGCACGUCGGCUGCCCAGCAGCGUCGUCUAGCGGCGCUAGUGCCGCCGACGCCGGAGGCGAUGCAGGCGCAGCAGCGGCGCGAGCGCCUCGAUGCGCUGGAGCGUGCCCGCGAGCUGGGCCAGGAAAUCUCGCGGCACAACGCCCAAUUGGUGGAGAGCGGCGCUGGCUACUUUUUGCGCAGCGAACUGCGGCUGACGUCGAAAGUGCGAGCGGCGGACGAGGCGCGACGCCAGGCACAGGAGCGGCGACUGCGGGCCGCGCGUCGCAUCAGCUACGGCAAUGCUCAGUCCCGUUCGAAUAUCGAACGGAUCACGCAGCGGCAGCAGCGGCGCAUGGUCACUAACGAUUCGCCGGCCACAUCGGUGAUGAUCGAUUCCAGGCACCAGGUGGCACAGCUGCCAAUGCAGCCGUCCUCCAGCCGCAGUCAAUUGCAUCCGGAUCUGGUAAAGCGGGCCAUGCUGCGGCAGCGUCUGCAAUAUGGCAACUCUCGCUCCACCAACAACAUGAUGCGCAGCCAGUUGGCAGCGGCGCAGCGUGUGAUGGGCUUUAUCUCGGGAACGGACACGGUCACCGAGGAUCUCGAGCAAAUGGAAAUCCAGCGACGGCACGAACAGGAGCUCCAGCUGCAGCAGCAGCGCAAGAUGCGGCGCAUCGAUCCGCAGCAAUUGCAACUGCAGCAG